AUGGUUAUCCGGUGCCCGCCACACUCUUCUGGGAACAUGAAUAUGCUAUUGCAACAGACAGGUCUAUCCCAGCCUGACGCCCCAGCCAUGGGCAGAGCCCUGCCGCCACAGCAGGACACCAGGGAACGGGAGCUCCUGGCUCAGGGCCCCCCCUGGAGAGCAGGGGGUCCUGCCACGCUGAGGGUCCUGAUCCUCACCCUGCUCUGGAGGGGGUCCCUGUCCCAGAAGCCUGGAUUUACCCUGAAGGUGCCACAGUCGGUGUCGGUGCAGGAGGGUCUCUGUGUUCUCAUCCCCUGCACCUUCACGUACCCAGCCUCGUACGACACCGACAAUUCCGGGGACGACAAUCGCUGGGCCCGGCUCUACGGAUACUGGUACAAGGAUCGGGCCAAUGAGAGCCAAGAUCCGCCCGUGGCCAGCAGCGACCCCAGCCGGGGGGUGUCUCAGGAGACCCAGGGCCGGUUCCGGCUGGCGGGGGAACUGGUGCAUGGCGACUGCUCCCUGCUAAUCAGUGAAGCACAAUGGAGGGACACAGGGAGAUAUUACUUCAGAUUCAAGAAAGGGACAUUGAGAUACAGUUACCUCUCCAGUACCGAUGGCACUGACCCUAAACUCACAAUCUCCGUUCCACACCCGCCCGGGCCCCCCAACAUCACCGGGACCCUGACCAGGAACGGACGCCCCGACAGCCCCCGGCCGGGGACCGGGCUGAACUCGUCCUGCCAGCGCCAGGGGCCCAGCAUCAGCUGCAGCUGCUCCCUGCGCUCCCAGCCCCCACCCCAGCUCCAGUGGCAGGUGGACGGGGAGCCCCUGGCUGGGAACAGCUCACGGGGGGCCCUGCAGGUCAGCUCCUGGGCCCAGGGGGACGAGGCCGUCAGCACCCUGAGCUGGACGGGGAGUGGGGACAGAGGCCCCCGGAUCUUCUGCCUCGGCUCCAACCCCCACGGGAGCUACGCCGCCCUGUACUUUGACUUCAGCCCCCCGCAGAGAGGUGCGGAGGAGCCUGGCAAGCUGCUGGGCCUCGGGGUGGCCUGUGGGCUGGGGGUCGCCGUCGGCUUCUUCCUUCUCGGGGUCUGUGUGAUCAAGCUGCGGGGCCGGGAGCCGGCGCCCCCCAGAGCUGAGCCCGGGGAGGCGGCUAACGGGAGCCAGGCCGAGCUUAUGGUCGACGACGCCAGCCUGAUCUACAGUAACAUCCUCACCAUCCCCAUGGAUCACAAGACUCCAGCCGCCCGCCGGACCAAAGGCAUCCAGGACGGGCCUGCAGCAGCACAGGCCCUGCUAGGCCCCGGGGAGCCGGAAGAGCUGCACUACGCCGCCAUCGACUUCUCCAAGCUGCAGCGCAAAGGGGGGGAGCCCCCAGAGGCCCCAGACAUGGAAUAUUCCGAGGUCCGGCUGAAAUAGCCCCCUCACACCAUGGGCCCAGGCUGGGCA